UGAAGAUUGAACAUUUGGAUCAUCAGAUUGAACUGAGCAAGAAUGCGUCCAGCUUGGUUUUGUCUGCUCUUUCUCUCAGGAACCUUCAGUCUGGGUUCUUCUGUGUCAUGGCAGUACUUCUACAUGAGUCAGAACAUGGCCUGGAGCGAUGCUCAGACAUACUGCAGAGCAAAUUACAUCGACCUGGUCACUGUAAGAAGCAUAGAGGAGGAAAACAACCUGAUCGCGCUAGCAGCAGCCACAGCUCCCGGGUACAGCGGCUCUGUUUGGCUCGGACUUCGUCGGACCUGGACCUGGAUUACAGGAGAACCUUAUUCAGGUCAGGUUCCUUUCUACAGUGGGCAGCCCAAUGAAGGGAACGACAGAGCAGCAUGUGGAGUGUUGGGCAGUAGUGGACUGGGAGAUUGGUUCUGUUCGACUUCUCACUACUUUGUCUGCUACGAUGACUCAUCAAGCAGUAAAUUCAUUGUGGUCCAGGUUGCCAUGAACUGGACGAACGCAGAGCUUUAUUGCAGACAACGUUACGCUCAUCUCGCCGUCGUCAAAUUCUCCGCAGACCAGCAACUUAUUUCCUAUUUGGGCGGUGGGGGUUUUAUCGGCCUGAUCUCGGCACGGUGGUCUGAUUACAGCUUCUCUGCGUUCCGGUACUGGGGUGGAAUGUCAGGCCAGGAGACGAGCCUUAUUAAUAAAUGUGUUGGCAUGGUGAUACCCAAUGCUGGGAAAUGGGAAAAAUUUGAUUGUACAACCCCAAAUCCAUUCAUUUGCUAUGGAGCACCACCGUUCCAACCCGUCUCUCGUCUCUACCACGCUGUAAGAUAUCUGAAGACCUGGAUGGAUGCUCAGAUCUACUGUAGAGUGAGGUUUACUGAUCUGGCCACUCUGGACAGUGUGGGUGAUGUGAAAAGUGUAACGAAUCAGGUGGAUCCUAGAUACACUGGACUUCUAUGGAUCGGGCUCCAGAGCACAGUGGACAUGCACUGGAGCUGGUCAAUGGGAGAUGAGCCUCUCGGUGAUUACUUUAAUUGGGCCUUAAAUAAUCCAACCGGCGGCGGAAAAUGCGUGUCGAACAUGAACGGAUUGUGGAGUGAUAUGGACUGUCAGACACUGCUAUACUUCGUGUGCUACAGCGAAGGUACAGGAUACAUCAUGGUCAAUAUUCAAAAAACAUGGCAAGAUGCUCAGAGUUACUGUAGAAGCACCUACACUGACCUGGCCCGCAUCCGCUCUCCAUGGGAACAGAGCCAGGUGAACGCUGUGGUUGGUAGAUGGGUUUCUGCCUGGAUCGGCUUGUUUCUGGACAGCUGGCAGUGGUCUGACCAGUGGAGCCGUCGAUUCAGGAACUGGGCGUCUGGACCACCGAGUGUUGUAACUGCCGGCUGUGCUGCCGUGGUAACGGGAACGUCCGGAAGAUGGACGAAUGACAUCUGCACCACACCUCACCCUUUUGUCUGCUACGGAGAUGUGGACAGGAUGAAUAAAAAACAGAUCAUAAGGAUAAAACUGGUUUCCAGCGGAAUGACCGACCCGUCAGUGCGAGCUGCAAUCCUGGAUCACAUCGAACAAAAAAUCAAAGCGAAAGGAAUGAAUCCAAAUAUCAGAUGGAGAGUGAGGGAUGAUGGAAGUGUCUUCAAGAAAGCUGAAUAAUUCUGAAGUCAUGGGUGUAUCGAUGAGGUUUCUUUCCAUAUAAUGUAUAAACUAGCGUACAUACAGGAUGUCUAGUAACAAAGAUAGUAGAGAAAGAUGAGCUAGAUCAUUUGGAAUGUAUAUUGUGAUAUUCCAAAACGUCCGUAGUGCAAAAAAUAUGAACUCAUUUUG